CGACCGAGGAGGAGGGCCUCAUGAGCGGUGCGGCAGGCGGCGCAGUGUGGGAGGGCCUGAGCGACUGGGCGAUCGACACGCGCAUCAUGUACAAGCGCCGGCUCGCGAGCCUGUUCACGACGCUGUCGGAGCUCAAGCAGUACGUAGACCUCAACUACACCGGCCUCAGCAAGGUGCUCAAGAAGUACGACAAGAUCACCAACUCGUCGCUGCGCCAGCACUACAUGACGACCGUCGUCGACCACACGUUCCCGUUCGAGCGCGCAACGCAGCAGCGCCUCCAGGGCGGCGUCCAGUCCAUCAUUCCGCUGUACGCCGACCUCGCGACGGGCGGCGACGUCGACCUCGCGCUCAAGCAGCUCAAGGCGCACCUGCGCGAGCACGUCGUGUGGGAGCGCAACACGGUCUGGCGCGAGAUGAUCGGCCUCGAGCGCCGAGGGUGGUCGGCCUCGGGCGGGUACACGGGUGCCGGCGGGCGGGGAGGGACGGCGGCGGGCGCGACGACGGGCCUGCCUGUCGUGCAGCCUGCGAGCCCGCCGAGCGGCCUCGAGCUCAAGCCCGCAGAGCUGAGCACGCCGCUCGGCCGGCUCCGGCUCCCGAGCUGGGUCAACGGCCAGACGGUGCCCGGUGCCGUCGCGCUCCUCCUGUUCGGCAUCAUCCUCAGCUGCCAGUGGUUCGACCGCGUCGAGGAGCAGAACUGCCUCGCCCUGCUCGUCGUCGUCACCGUCUUCUGGGCCCUCGAGAUCAUGCCCCUGUUCGUCACGGCGCUCAUGGUCCCGUUCCUCGUCGUCAUCUUGCGCGUCCUGAGGUCGACCGACGGCGAGGACCGCCGACUGACGAGCGUCGAGGCGACCAAGUUCAUCUUUGGCCAGAUGUUCUCGCCGACCAUCAUGCUCCUGCUCGGCGGCUUUACGCUCGCCGCCGCACUCUCGAAGCAGAACAUCGACAAGGUCCUCGCCACCAAGGUCCUCUCGCUCGCCGGCACUCGUCCGAGGUCAAUCUUGUUCGCCUACAUGCUCGUCGCAUGCUUCGCGAGCAUGUGGAUCUCGAACGUGGCCGCGCCCGUUUUGUGCUACUCGCUCAUCCAGCCCAUCCUGCGCACGCUCCCGUCCAAGUCGCCGUUCAGCAAGGCCCUGAUCCUCGGCAUCGCGCUCGCGUCCAACGUCGGCGGUAUGGCGUCGCCCAUCUCGUCGCCGCAAAACCUGAUCGCGCUCGACUACAUGAACCCGCCCAUCUCGUGGCUCGGGUGGUUCAGCGUCUCGAUCCCGGUGUCGUUCCUGAGCGUGUGCCUCAUCUGGGGCAUCCUCCUGUGGACCUACCGCGCCGGCACGAGCUCGGUCGCCAUCAACCCGGUCCGGGUCAACAAGGAGCCGUUCACGCGCGCCCAGUGGUGGGUCAGCGGCGUCACGGUCGGCACCAUCAUCCUGUGGUGCGUCGAGACCAAGCUCGCGUGGCUGUUCGGCGACAUGGGCAUCAUCGCCAUCCUCCCGAUCGUCGCCUUUUACGGCAGCGGCGUCCUGCGCAAGGCCGACUUCGAUCAUUCGCCCUGGUCGAUCGUCUUCCUGGCAAUGGGCGGUAUCGCGCUCGGCAAGGCCGUCCUCUCGUCCGGCCUCCUCGACCAGAUUGACGCCGUCAUCCAGGACGUCGUCCUCGGGAUGGACAUCUGGCCCAUCCUCGCCCUGUUCAGCGUCAUCGUGCUCGUCAUCGGCACCUUCAUCUCGCACACCAUCGCGGCCGUCCUCGUCGUCCCGAUCGCGGCCCAGAUCGGCUCGGCCAUGGAGACGCCGCACCCGCGCCUGCUCAUCUUUGCGACGAGCCUCGUGUGCUCUGCGGGCAUGGCGCUCCCCAUCUCGGGCUUCCCCAACUUGGCGGCUGCGAACCAGGAGGACGAGCUCGGACAGAGGUACCUCUACCCGGGCGAUUUCUACCGCAACGGCGUCCCAGCCUCGAUCGGCGCGACUGCCAUCGUCAUCACGAUCGGGUACGCCAUCAUGCGGCUGCUUGGACUGUGAGCGAGGUCGUGCGCGAGGGAGGGAGGGAGGGAGAGGGGGAGAGAGCGGCUUCGGGAUGGCCGCGAGGAGGUGGCAGGGCCGCGAGGCGUGCGGCGCCGCUCGAGGGGCAGCAGGGCGCGUAUGUACCGAGCGACGGACCGCCGAGCUGGCGGCGACGCGGGCGGUCGGCGACGGACGAGUCGGGCCUUCCCUUUACUCUCUCUCUCUCGGUCUCUCUCUCUCUCUCUCUAGACGCGCCCCCUCGCUGUACCCGUCAUUAUUCUUUUC